GAGCUCACGAAACCUUGUUCGUGUCAGUUCGGAAACGUAACUCGAAGCAGCAACAGCAUAAGAAAUGGAUUAUUGAGCGCUGACACUAUUUAUAAAAUUUAAUUAAAUGCAUUUAAAUCUAUAUAAAGUACUAACCUAAAGUAUUGACGGACUCAAUUGUGAUAGCAUUGUGUGGCAUUGUAUUUGUUGAGAAUCAAACGUGGACGCAGAAGCUACCAGGGGAACGUGUGCUUGUCUAAAAGUGUGACUUUGUUACAUUUUCCGUUCAUUUUGUUCACGGAAAAUAAUCAAUAGUGACUGUGAAAGCGCUUUAUACUUUCUGUAACGUCGAAUCUCAGUGGAAAUACGAGGGAGACUUGAGUUUUUCAACAAAAAGAGAAAAGCCAUCAAGUUUCGUGGUGAGAGCGAAAGCAACUGCGGAGGAGGGACACCAGCUGAGAAGGAUCAACAACAAAGCCAGACCAGUGGAGAUAAGAGGAAAGAACAGCAGCAGCAAAAAUGGCAAAUGUGGUAACCAGCUCGCGGUAUACUUAUGGCCCCGCCGCCCACGAGGUAACAGCACCUGUGUUCGAUCAGGUGGACAACAACACAAACGCAACCCAACUCUUCAAGAACAACAUCUUCAACAACAUCAUGAACAACUUCAAUCGGGAGGAGGACCGUUUAAAAUCCUUCAUCAACUGGCCUCUGGACUGGCUGGACAAAUGCCAGUUGGCCCAAACGGGCAUGUACUACACCAACGUGGACGACAAAGUGAAAUGCUAUUUCUGUGGCGUAGAGAUCGGACGAUGGGAGCCCGAGGAUCAGCCCGUUCCGGAGCAUCAACGAUGGUCCCCAAACUGCCCGCUACUGCGUCGUCGCACCACCAACAAUGUACCGCUCAACGGCGAGGCGCUGGAUCGCGUCCUGCCACCCCUCAGCUACGAUAUCUGCGGCGCCAACGACGCAGCGACAGCCGGAGUGGAGCUCCGCGAACAUGCCUAUGCCGAGGGACGCAUCCCCAUGUCGCACAUGAUCCAGUCGAUCGGAGUAAACACGGCAAAUGGUUCGGUAUCCGUCGGGCCGACUCUCAGCUCGAUUGCCACCCAGGCGUCGACGGCCACCCAGGCCAACGGCGAUGUCCAGCCGGAGACGUGCCGGCCACCGGCUGCCAGUGGAAAUUAUUUUCCCGAGUAUCCGGAAUAUGCCGUCGAAGCGGCACGCCUGCGCACCUUCGAGGCGUGGCCGAGGAAUCUGAAACAAAAGCCCCCCCAGCUGGCCGAGGCGGGUUUCUUCUACACGGGAGUGGGCGAUCGCGUUCGCUGCUUCAGCUGCGGCGGUGGACUGAAGGACUGGGACGACAACGACGAGCCCUGGGAACAGCAUGCCCUCUGGCUGAGUCAGUGCCGGUUCGUCAAGCUGAUGAAGGGUCAGUUGUAUAUCGAUUCUUUGGCAGCCAAGCCAGUGGCGGCCGAGGAGAAGGAGGAUACUCCACCAGUUGCCGAUUCGGUGAGCAGCAGCAGCAGCAGUACAUCCACAACCGAAACAUCCGAGGAGGCAUCUUCCGGAUCGGGAGAUGUGGCACCAUCCACCGUAGCAUCAACGGCCGCCCGACGCAUCUUCGACAAGAUAGCGGAGUCGUCGUCCGCCGACGUUCCACCUGCCAGCAGCAACAGCGGAUCGCCAUCGAUACCCGAGGAGAAGAUGUGCAAGAUAUGUUACGGCGCCGAGUACAAUACGGCUUUUUUGCCGUGCGGCCAUGUGGUGGCGUGCGCCAAGUGCGCCUCAUCCGUUACCAAGUGCCCACUGUGCCGGAAACCCUUUACCGAUGUGAUGCGUGUAUAUUUUUCUUAAGGAACACCACCCAAUCCCAACCCCAACAUCCAAGUAGAACCACUCGAAUGAAUUCAUUUAAAUUGUGGUUCUUCCGGCGAUCGCAACGGCCAGCUGUUGGGCAGCCCUUCAGCUGGCCGUUGGAACAAUCCGUAGAUCGAAGCCUGGUAGUUAACGUAAGCCUCCCAUGUAAUAUUAGUGUAGUGCAGCGCUUGUAUGCGUUAUUUAUAAUAAAAACUAACAUAUUAACGAAA